AUGGCCUCCAGGGUUUCUCUCUCCGGGGCCUCGUCUUCCUCGACCUCUUCGGGGCCGUCCGCCCAGCCCUCUGCUCGCGCCCCUCUCCGGUCUAUCGUCGUCGGGCCGGAGGUGCUGGGCACGGCGUUCGGCCCCAUCCUGCAAGGUGGUGCGGCGGGCCCCUCUCGGCCUACUGCGGUGGAUCCUUUCGCGUGGCGCACCAGGGCGAGCCGUCGGCCGCGCAGCCCGGCCUCCCCGUCACACCCGCCCACCUCUCGCCGGCGCCGCGGGUCGCCGGAGGUCCUGCCCACUUCGAGACCGCCCAAGACAAGCAUCCCCGCGGGUCACAUCGCGCGGGAGUGCAACAGGCCUCGGAGCUCCUCGCCGGUGGAUGUGGUCGGGCGGGACCCUCUGGCGCCGUGCCCUCCGGAGGGUUUCCCCUCCCGCGUCCUGCCGCCGCCGGGCUCCCUGCCGUUCGUGCGUGUUUUGGUGGACUCGGGCCGCUCUGCGCCUGCCCUGCCGCCGCCGCCGCCGGGUCCGCCUCCAUCUGAGGCGGUGCGGCUGUGUCGUCCGUGGUGCGAGGUGGUCCGCCCAUCUGCGGAGCGGGUGGUGGCCGGACUGGGGUUCUCCAUCCCCUUCUCGGGCCAUGCGGUCGUCGGCGCCCUGCCGCUGCAGGCGCAGGGUUGGCGCCGGUGGAAAGGUGCUUCCUUGGGGCCUCUGAGGAGCUCGCCUGCAUGGAGGCUGACCUUGCGCGCGCGGUCGUGGUGA